AAGAAAUGUCAUUGUGUGGAGGGAGUGUGUUUGAGAGUUAAGACUGAGAGUUUGAGAGAGAGGCACAUACUGCAGUGUUCGUACCUGGGGACUGUUUCCUAUCGUAGAAACAUCACGCAAUGGCGAACUCGCAUCUGGGAGUGAAGGAAGAUGUAUGGUGUAUCGCAGAUAAAGAGCUGGAGCACUGCCUGCAGCCGUUCCAUCUGACACAGGCACAGCUGGAGCAGGUGAGAGACCUAAUGUUGGACAACAUGGAACGUGGACUGAUGAAAAAGCCAGAGAAGCCAUCUACACUUAAAAUGCUGCCCACUUAUGUACGCUCAACCCCAGAUGGAACAGAAAAAGGUCACUUCUUGGUUUUGGACCUUGGUGGGGCCAAGUUCCGAAUCAUUGAAGUGAAGCUGGACGGAUCUCGAAGAGUGGAAAUGGACAGUGAAGUAUAUGCCAUACCUGAAGAUAUCAUGCUUGGCACAGGUCAACAGCUAUUCGACCAUGUUGCUGAAUGCCUUGGUCGUUUUCUCCACCAAAGCAACCUCAAUAAAAAAGUCUUGCCUCUUGGCUUCACGUUCUCUUUUCCAUGUGUGCAGAGUCGCUUGGAUAAGAGUGUUCUGAUCUCGUGGACGAAAGGAUUUCACUGCACCGGAGUAGAGGGGGAGGAUGUAGCACAUCUGCUACAGGAUGCCAUUCGCAGACAAGGGGAUUAUAAUGUUGAUGUAAUUGCUGUUGUUAAUGAUACAGUAGGGACGAUGAUGAGCUGUGGGUUCGAAGACCACAGCUGUGAAGUUGGCCUUAUAGUAGGAACUGGUACCAACGUCUGUUACAUGGAGGAGAUGGGAAAUGUUGAGUCUGUGGAAGGGGACGAAGGAAAAAUGUGCAUCAACACAGAGUGGGGUGCCCUUGGAGACGAUGGUAGACUAAGUCACAUUCAGACAGAUUUUGAUCGGCAGGUGGAUACCGAAUCCUUCGCUCCUGGGAAGCAAAGUUUUGAUAAAAUGGUGAGUGGAAUGUAUAUGGGAGAGGUUGUACGGAUCGUGCUUGUGAAGCUGGCCAGACAAGGACUUCUAUUUGAUGGUGUCAUAACAUCAGACCUGCUCUCCAAGGGGAGUAUUAAGACAAAACAUGUUUCGGAAAUUGAAGAUGACCACACCGGUUUGGAGGCUGCACGGAACAUCUUGACUUUGCUGGGGCUUAGCCCAAGUGACCAGGACUGCUUGAAAGUGCAGUGUGUUUGCAGUGCCGUCUCAACAAGGUCUGCCAGCCUUUGUGCUGCCGCACUUGCUGCAGUGGCCUCCCGCAUACAACGUAACCGUCAAAAUACUCAAGACCAAGUCACCGUUGGAGUGGAUGGAUCAGUGUACAAGAUGCACCCAAAGUUUAGCGAGCGUCUCCGUUUGACAUUGCAGACGUUAGCUCCUGCAUGUGAUGUUAAGUUCCUCUUAUCGGAGGAUGGAAGCGGGAAGGGCACUGCUAUAGUCACAGCAGUGGCUCAGCGUCUCGCUGCUCAGCGGCAUCAUAUCGAUGAAGUUCUUAACCCUUUUAAGUUGUGCCAGGAGAGGUUGAAAGAAGUUCAAAGCAUGAUGCGUACGGAAAUGGAGAUCGGACUACGGAAAGAGACCCAGCCAAGUGCUACUGUGAAGAUGCUUCCCACGUAUGUGAGAGCUACUCCUGAUGGGACAGAACGUGGAGAUUUCUUGGCGUUGGACCUUGGUGGGACAAAUUUCCGCGUUUUGUUUGUACACAUUGGAAGAAAAGAAGAGGGAGGUGUGCAAAUUGUGAGCAAGACCUUCUCUUUGUCUCAGGAAGUAAUACAAGGAACAGGCGAGGAGUUGUUUGAUCAUAUAGUGGACUGCAUCUCAGAGUUCCAAAAAGAGAAUAAUCUCUGCGGGAGAAGACUGCCUCUUGGCUUCACCUUCUCAUUUCCCUGUAAACAGACCAGCCUUGACCAGGGCAUCCUGAUUACCUGGACUAAGGGCUUCAGUGCAUCUGGGUGUGUAGGAGAAGAUGUGGUCAGACUUCUUAGAGAGGCUGCCAUCCGGAAAAAAAACUAUGAUCUAUUUGUUGUUGCCUUGGUGAACGACACAGUAGGGACAAUGAUGUCCUGUGGAUAUGAUGAUUCGGCCUGUGAGGUUGGGCUUAUUGUAGGCACAGGAACCAAUGCUUGUUACAUGGAAGAGAUGAAGAAUGUGGAGGUAUUGGAAGGGAGAGACGGAAAAAUGUGUGUUAAUAUGGAAUGGGGGGCCUUUGGAGAUAAUGAUUGCCUUGAUGAUGUCACCACAAGCUUUGAUCGUGAUGUUGAUCAGUUCUCCAUCAACCCUGGAAAACAAAGAUAUGAGAAAAUGAUCAGUGGAAUGUAUCUUGGAGAAAUUGUGCGCCAGAUUCUCAUUGUCCUCACUGAAUCAGGAAUCUUAUUCGGUGGCAAAAUUUCAGAGAGGUUACAGACAAGAGACAUCUUCCCAACCAAGUUUCUUUCACUCAUUGAGAGUGAUACGUUGGGCCUGGUCCAAGUUAGGUCGAUCUUGAGUGACCUAGGCUUGCGCAGUACGUGUGAUGACACCGUCUUGGUGAAGGAAGUGUGUACGAUUGUGUCAAGAAGAGCAGCGCAGCUGUGUGCUGCAGGCAUCGCUGCUGUGGUGGAGAAGAUCAGAGAAAAUCGGGGCGCGGACAGUCUGAAAGUUACUGUAGGAGUGGAUGGCACACUAUACAAGCUACAUCCCCACUUUGCAGGUGUCGUACACAAGACCGUGAAGAGUUUGGCUCCGCAGUGUGAUGUCUCCUUCCUCCGAUCAGAUGAUGGCUCUGGCAAAGGUGCCGCUCUCAUUACUGCUGUGGCUUGCCGUAUCGCUGGGGCUUAGGCACGAGCAGUUUUACAAGGGCCUCACUCCGCACAAGUGAGGAGUUCCAUUCAACAAAUUUAAAUUGAACGCGGGUUACUGAGCUAUGAUGCGGGUUGUAAAAAGUUGUCUUAUUAAGCUGAUUUAUAAGAAUCCUAUUUAUUAGGAAUGUUUCUACAUAUUAAAAUAUUUUUGCAUCAA